ACGCGCACAGUAGCGUCCCGUGAAUUCGCGUCGGUGGAGCGAAUGUGGAGCGCGCACGCGAGCGGUCGCGCACCAACGUGCCGAUUCGUUCGCAUCGAGUGUCGUUGUCCCUGUGUCUCACCUCGCGUCGCGAGUGACCGAACGGCGAGCCGUCCACUCUCCGCUUUCCUCGUUCCCUGGAAAUCGAGGCAUUGGAAGAACGAGCAACGCGCGACGGCAGCUAGGCAGCGAGCAGGCGAAGCGGCGACAUGGAGAGGUUCCGGGUGACGCCGGCAAGCAACGCCGCGAGCUACAGUCGGCAGCCGGUACGCGAUCAUGACCAGCAGCUGAAUGGUACGCAGUUGGAACAUCUGGUAACGAUAUCUACAAGCGUGUGCGAUGGAGGCGGCGCAGGCGGAGAUGGCGAUCCCAUUGUCAGCAGCACCAAUUCCGAGAAGAAGUCCGGAUAUGAGACCAAUCUGUAUCUCUAUAGCGAGGAGAUGGAGGAUCGGCCGCGGAUCUCGACGUUGCUCAACAGCUUGGCCAACUAUAGCAACACCAUCCCUGCUGCGACAGACCCGGACAAACCGGCUCCGCCUACGGGGGGUGGCGCGCGGAUGGGUACGCUCAUAGGUGUCUACUUGCCGUGCAUCCAGAACAUCUUUGGCGUGAUCCUCUUUAUCCGGCUGACAUGGGUAGUCGGUACGGCCGGCGCCAUUCAGGGAUUCUUCAUCGUGCUUUGCUGCUGUUGCGUUACGAUGCUGACGGCGAUCAGUAUGAGUGCCAUCGCCACCAACGGCGUGGUGCCGGCCGGUGGUUCCUACUUCAUGAUCUCGCGAAGCUUGGGCCCGGAAUUCGGCGGCGCGGUGGGUAUGCUGUUUUACACCGGCACCACCUUGGCCGCCGCGAUGUACAUCAUCGGUGCCGUCGAGAUCGUCCUCACCUAUAUGGCGCCGUCACUCAGCAUAUUCGGCGACUUCACGAAAGACGUCACCAUUAUGUACAACAACUUCCGAGUAUACGGCACCAUCUUGCUGAUGAUAAUGGGAACGAUUGUCUUUUUUGGCGUGAAGUUCGUUAACAAGUUCGCCACCGUCGCACUGGCCUGCGUCAUUUUAUCCAUCAUCGCUGUUUACGUGGGGCUCUUCGUAAACGUUAACGGCAACGAGGCUCUGAAAAUGUGCGUGCUAGGUAGGAGGCUGCUAAAGGACCUCAACGUUUUAACCGAUUGCAAUAAAAACUGGGGCGGUCCCUUGCAUAAUGUCUACUGCAACGGCACAAGAUGCGAUCCAUAUUAUCUCGAAAACAAUCUUACUAUUAUCAACGGUAUCCGCGGCUUGGCGAGUGGUGUGUUCCUAGAGAACAUAUGGGACAGUUACCAAGAGGAAUCUCAGUUAAUCGCUUACGGACACGACCCGAAGGACAUCGAUGUUCUGUCGGGGUCAAGCUACAAUCAGGUUCAAGUCGACCUCACUACAACCUUCACUAUUCUCAUCGGUAUAUUCUUCCCUUCCGUGACGGGUAUUAUGGCCGGCUCCAAUCGAUCUGGUGACUUGGCUGACGCUCAGAAAUCUAUUCCGAUCGGCACGAUCUGCGCGAUCUUGACAACCUCCACCGUCUACCUAUCUAGCGUCCUCCUAUUCGCUGGCACUGUUGACAAUCUGCUGUUACGCGACAAAUUCGGCCAGAGUAUCGGCGGCAAGCUGGUGGUUGCAAAUAUGGCGUGGCCGAAUCAGUGGGUGAUCCUGAUCGGUUCGUUCCUCUCCACCUUGGGCGCCGGCCUUCAGUCAUUGACGGGAGCACCGCGACUGCUACAGGCGAUCGCCAAAGACGGCAUCAUUCCCUUCCUGACGCCGUUCGCUGUCAGUUCCAGUCGAGGUGAACCUACUCGCGCUUUGCUGCUCACUGUGAUGAUCUGCCAGUGCGGCAUCCUGCUUGGCAACGUGGACUACCUGGCGCCGCUGCUGUCCAUGUUCUUCCUUAUGUGUUACGGCUUCGUCAACCUCGCCUGCGCCCUGCAGACCCUGCUGCGUACGCCGAAUUGGCGACCGCGUUUCAAAUAUUAUCAUUGGAGCCUGUCAGUCAUCGGUCUGUCACUCUGCAUCGCUGUUAUGUUCAUGACUAGUUGGUACUAUGCAUUGGUGGCGAUGGGUAUGGCCGGCCUCAUCUACAAGUAUAUCGAAUAUCGUGGUGCUGAGAAGGAAUGGGGUGACGGAAUUCGCGGUCUGGCACUGUCCGCUGCUAGAUACUCGUUGCUCAGACUCGAGGAGGGUCCACCGCACACGAAGAAUUGGCGUCCACAGAUCCUGGUACUUGCUAAACUUACCGAUGACUUGGUGCCUAAAUAUCGCAAGCUCUUCGCUUUCGCCAGUCAGCUUAAGGCUGGCAAGGGUCUCACCAUUAGCGUCAGUUGUAUCAAGGGAGACUAUACGCAAAACUCAGGCCAAGCGCUGGCAGCCAAGCAAAGUCUUAAGAAAAUUGCAGCGGAAGAAAAAGUGAAGGGUUUCGUUGACGUUCUCGUUGCGAAGAACACCGUCGAAGGGCUAAGCUCGCUGAUUCAAAACACCGGGCUCGGUGGACUGAAACCGAAUACGGUGAUCUUGGGUUGGCCAUACGGCUGGCGGCAAUCAGAAGAGGAAAGAACCUGGCGAGUCUUCUUGCAGACCGUAAGGAGUGUCUCGGCCGCGAAAAUGGCACUGGUGGUGCCUAAGGGCAUAAACUUCUUUCCGGACUCCAGCGAGAAGAUAAUCGGCAACAUCGAUGUGUGGUGGAUCGUGCACGACGGCGGCCUAUUGAUCUUAUUGCCGUUCCUACUGAAACAACAACGUACUUGGAAGAACUGCAAGUUGAGGAUCUUCACGGUCGCGCAGAUGGAAGACAACUCGAUACAGAUGAAGAAGGAACUGAAGAAGCUCCUGUACAACUUGAGAAUCGAAGCGGAAGUCGAGAUUGUUGAAAUGACGAACACCGACAUCUCCGCGUACACGUACGAACGCACUUUGAUCAUGGAGCAGAGAAACCAGAUGCUACGCGAGUUACAGUUGAACAAAAAACAAUCAUUAGGAGUGGUGCAGUCAUUGGUGGACUUCAACGAGAUACCCGCCGAAGAAAAUUUACCUCUGGUACAAGCGAUCGUAGAUCAUCAUCACAACGUGGAUGCGAAAGUGCCGACGAAGGUGAGAUUCCAGGAGCCGAGUACAAACGGUACAAAUGGUAACCAGAGUACAAACGUGACCGACGACACAAAGCUAAUGCAGGAGACCGAAUUAAAUAACAAGGAGCAAGAUGCUGCCGAAGAGACAAGCGAGAAGGAGGAGACUAAAGAGAACAAUGAGGAGGAGACAAAGCUGAUCGGUGGCUCGCCCAAGGCGGAGAAUAAAGAGAACACGGAAAAAGAGGCGAAAGAGGCGGAGGCAAAAGAAAACGAUACGCAGGAAAACAAAAGCCAGAGUCCAGAGAUUAAGAAACCCACGAUAACACCCGACGAGGGUGACGUGAGGCGUAUGCAUACCUCGUUGAAGCUGAACGAGGUAAUCCGUAAAAUGAGCAGCGAGGCUCAACUGGUUAUCCUGAAUCUUCCUGGACCGCCACGAGACACGAAGAUGGAGCGCGAAUCUAACUAUAUGGAAUUCCUCGAGGUGCUCACUGAAGGCUUGGAGAGGGUGUUGAUGGUGCGGGGUAGCGGACGGGAAGUGGUCACCAUGUACUCGUGAACUGAAGCAACGGAAGUUGAUACCGUUGCCUUGCGGAAGCAGAGCUCUAGUUUACUUCUCAGUGACCUAAACGACACUACCCUAAGGAACAUACUGCUCUUGUGCCAUUGUCUACGCAGUCACUUGCGCUAUGCGCUCUGAAAGUCGUUAAGAAGAAGAGGCUGAUGACGAUGAUAAUGACGACGACGACGAUCGUUCAUAUCGGACACGAAAGACGGAAGUUUCUUUGAAACGCUGAUCUUGUUACGCAGACCGCGACGACCGAUCGUCGUCCGAUUGUUGAAGCCAAAAGCGAUGAUGCCAAAGGAUAGGUUUUCUUUAAAUGAAUUUCUGAACGUAGACCGUGCGGAUUUGUGUGUCAGGUAAUGUACGCGUCAGAGGGAGGGUCGCAUACGGCAGCGGGGGCUGCUCAGAUUCAAAUUCGAUAACCCGUCGAGUUCGGCCGAGCUCGCCGAACGAAGCAGCACACACUCUGUGUACCUCUCAGAAAUCGCCGGUACAAAAACUGUAGCUCAAUGAGAGUCCCGAGUAAACGUCACUUCGAUUCAAUUUCUUGCUAUUGACAGCUAAAAAAAACUAACUCUUUCGUCUAAAAUGAAAGAGAGAACAGAGAAAUGGCAAAAUAAGGAGUGGGGAGGGAAGAAAAAAAUCAAAAUUUGGUCCGAGGCUAAGAUCGAAGCAUCUACGAAACCACUGCCAGACUACUUUCUAAAUGCUUCGCGUUUAACCAAAGACGCGAGAGGCUCAUUUUUCUACAUGCAUUGUCGUUAAUAGGGAAAGAAAUAAGAGUAGUAAGUACGUAUAUAAUUUUAUUGCUUGGUAUAGAUGAAUCUAGAGUAGCCUAGGAUAGCGCCGACUUUUAUUAUGAUUAUAUAUAUAUGUGUAUUUGAUAAUAGAAAAACGACGAUGACGUAUAUCGCGAGUAUUAUUGCAUUUUCUUCGGGGGAUUGUGAGACCCCCCGUCAUCUUUUUUCCAGUCUCACGCGGAGAGAUCUUUACGUACAUACAUGCAAAACAUAAACAGGCACACGUUCGCGCGCGUUUGUAUCGUCUUUAAGGCCUACCGGUCCAAGAUGCCAUUACCACUUAUUAAUCGAUAACACCAAGUGACGCGAGGAGUGCAACCCGAAAGACUCAAUGCCAAAAUGCGCGGCGAUCCUUACAGAAUCUCAUCGAAAAGAAGAAAUAUAUAUAUGUAUGUGUGUAUAUAUAUAUAUAUAUAUAUAUAUAUAUAUAGCGCUAGCAUAUGUAAAGUAAUUAUAAUUGCAUUAAAUGUCGUAUGCAUGUCAAGUCUCGCGCGUAGUCCCGUUUUCGGCCGCGCUUCUUUUCAUGAAGAGACUCCUAAUUAAUUAGCGAGCACAGUAUGACUAUGCCGGUAGUCGCUUUUCUCAGUUUCUUCAACGUCACCGACAAAUCUCAACGCCGUUUUAUUAAAUUACCUCAACGAGACUGCGGUAAAUUAAAUUCUUCGCCGGUGCUAAGAGAAGAGCGAGAAUGAGCCAGCUUAAAUCAUUUUCGUCUCUAAAGCAGCCGGAUUUGAAUUUGAUUUUAAAAAUUAUCAAUCUAAUGCUAAUUACUAUGUAGCAUCGACGUAAAACAUUUAGAAACUCACUUCAUCUAAAUUGUUUUUAUUUCUAGGAUAGUCGAACUUCAUUUUAACUUUCUAACUACCAAAAUAACGCUAAAUUCUUAUUUUAUAUCCAAAUGAUUUAUUUGGACUUUCUUUGACGAGCGAGAGUUUCAAUGAAGAAACUGAGGAAGAGAUAACCGUGGGACUAGCGUUCAUUGUAAUAUUUAUCGAUAUUUAAUACUACUUAAUCAGUGUCCGUAAAUAAGUUAUAUAUAUAUAUAUAUAUAUAUAUAUAUAUAUAUAAAUGUAUAUGUAUAUAUAUGUGUGUAUAUAUAUAUGUAUAUGUGUAUAUAUAUAUAUAUAUAUAUAUAUAUAUAUAUAUAUAUAAUGCUAAGAAUUACGCGGGAUUACGCACCACGACUUGUUAAAUUUCUGCAAAAGUUUUUGCAACUAGCAAAACGAUGGAAGCGAUCGUUUCAAUCGUAAAGAAUGUGCCGAAAUUAUCGCGUCUUUUCGCACGAAUAUUAAAACGAUUGUCCAAAAUCCAGGAAAUUGUUAACUCUUGAAAGAGCUCCAACUCGCGGAAUUUAGGCAAGUUUAAUUUUAAAAGUUUAUAUAAAUAACGAUUUUCAUUUUGUAACUUUUUAUUUUACCAAAUAUUUAAUUGCAAAACAUAUUAUUGAAACGAAGUAUACUCGUCAUUAAAAAUUAAACUAUUACAAUGAAUUGAAUCUCAUUGAAAUUUCACUGAGGAAAAUUGAAUUCCAUUUGGAAAGAAAUAAAAGCGCGAUGUUUUCGGGUGCAUUUAUAUGUAUAUAUAUAUAUGUACAUUCACAUUGUUCAUUGUAAAGUACACGCACUGUCCUGCAAUACCUGUAGUUAGCAAAAAAAAAGACGGACGUGAAAAACGUUGAUUACACCAUAUGAAAGUGUAUCGGAUUAAAAAACUAGGUGAGCGCGAACCGAUAUCGCCGUUGACUCGCUAAUAGAAAAAGCAUAUUUACAUUAACGGGGGAGAAAAGAUUUCUAUAUAUCCCACGCGUUAAAUUGUUUCACUUUUUUCCUCGUAACUCCGACACGGAUUCAAAUUGCAUCGGAUAUUUUGAAGAGAGAAACAAAAGAAGGAGGCGUCAUGUCAAGGAAUCUACGAUUUGAUCCCUGACUUCGCGAAACGAUCAUCAAAAAUGUAGUGAGAAUGCUCGUCCCAGUACCAGACGGAUAUGCACAUGCAAAUAGAUAUGUUCACAUUGCGUCAAAAUGAGUGAGUAUCUGAAACGGUGCUGGGUACAUAGAGACUCUAAAUGUAUAGGAAACAUAUGCAUAUACAUUAUUAUCUUCCUCUCUCCCAAUAUAUACAUAUAUACAACAUAUAUAUGUAUGUAUCUCUCUCGUCCACGAUGUUUACCACAUGUACUUUAUAAUUUUAUUACGUUACUUAUCGAUUGCAUAUAUUUUAUGUGUACUUAUUCUACUCGAUAGGUAUUGGCACUGCAUAGUUUAUAUGAGACAUGUUGACAUUAUGAGAAAGUUUAUCGCGAAUAUAUGAGUCGAACCGUUGCCGCUAUUCACACAUUGUACAUAAACACAUAGACAAAAGAAAGAAGGGAAGAGAAAAGCAAAAUAAUCGCGCGUUUGCCGUAAAGGAUUUAAAGAGAUAUGCGAGGGAAGAAAAAAAGAAGAUAAAAAAAGUUGAAGAAAAUGGUAAUGAGAGGAUCCUUUACAUAGAACAGUAUUGCAGUGUAUUCUGCUGCCGCUUUAAUAUUUUACUAUAUCGUAUUUACUUUAAAUGCACAAUGACCACAUGGCACACAAACGUACGUGUGAUAUAAUAUAUAAUAUAUAGAGAGUACAUAUGCAUAUAUACUUGGCCGGCGAAAAUGAAAAUAGUGCGGGAUGAGAAUUAGAGAAAAUUAAUUUCGAGUCGGCAGUCUGGCCGAUUCGGUGCGGUCCUCCGCCUCUUAGUUUAAUAGCGAAAUUCGAUAGUAUAAGGACGACUCGUACUGCUUUCAUUCUAUUCGGCCGAUAGUGCGUGUUAUCGGCAGCGGCAGAGAUAUGCGUCCGGCGUCUGCGGUUUACGUUCACUUUGCGGAAACAGAAUGAUACUUGAAACGCGUUCUAGAUACUCCAUCUCCGUUACCAAGAGUAACUCCCCGUAAUUGCAUUUUGUAGAAGAUAGAUUGUAAAAGACUGAAUAAGCGCGCUGUGGCGCGGAAGACACAGUGAGACACGUAUGCGAUCCAUUGUGAAUAGAGAUAAAGAAAAAAAUGCGCACAAUACUUUGGCUAUAAAGAAGCAUCCACCGCUGCAAACUAGAAGCUAAGAUAGCUGUCAUACGGGUGGCGAGUAAAAAAAAGAAAGCGAAAGUCAAGCCGCGAAUGCAACUGCUUCGUCUUACCUAUUGAUCGACGGAGAAUAUCUAAAUGUUGGAGAUAUUGUUCUGUUUCUAUGACAUAUAUUUCAAGCGACGAUGUAAAACGCGAAAAUAUCCACUUCCAGAGAAUACACAAAGUUUCGUUCGAGAUCGAUCGCGAGAUGUAUCGUCUUCGUAACUUUGAAAUGUUCCUAGAGUAUUCUCUAAAGAGUGUCCUUUGAUCUUUGCUCUUACAAAAAUUUAAUACUGGCAGUAUUAAAUUAGCCAGUGAUAAAUUACUUAGUUCUGUUGUUAGUGCUUUCAAUAUAAGUAAUUAGUCACUGACCAAUUUAAUACUGUUAGUACUAAAUUUUGGUUAAAAAAUUACAGAAAUUUAAAACUAGUAGUAUUAAAUUGGCCACCCAAAUGAAUUUAACUGGAUUGAAAAUUUGUAAUCUAUUUUAAUUCAUUUUGGAUUAAAAAAUAAUUCAAGAAUUUAUUUCAAUGAAAUUUAUUUCAUUGAAAAAAAAUCAAGAAUUUAGAUUCAACAAUGAUCACACAAAUCCCUUUCUAUCCAUUUGAAUCCAUUUCUCUAUUUGCUGGAUAAUGAUUAAUUACUUAUUUCGAAUAUGAAAAGCUCCAAUUGUCAAUGCUUUUAAUAUUCAAAAUAAGUAAUUAAUCACUAGCUAAUUUAAUAUUGCCACAAUUAAAUUUCUCUAAAUUUCUUAAAGACAAAGAAAGCUGUCGAAUAUUUCCCGGAACACUUUUCUCGGAGAGAAAAUUUCUUUGAGAGAAAUAUUUUCGUCGCAUCCUUUGGACGUAAAUUUCGGGCGACGGAAGUCGUACACUCGGCCGUUAACGAGUUAAUAAUCAUAAUACCUACGGGCUUGGCAUUUGUCGGGAUGUAUAGUGCAGCGUUUUGCGGCGCGUUCCAUUUAAAAUGGGGAGAGCCCCACGCUCUGGAUUUAAAUCACCUCUAGGCUGUGAGAUGCGAGCUAAGCAGCGGACAAACUUGCUCGAAACCUCAAUCAUAUGUGUCAAAUCAAGUAUAUAAAUCUACUUUUAACGUCUAUCGUAUGUAAUCUAUUAAUCAAUUUAAAAAAGAGAGAAGAGGGGAGGGGGAAGAAAAGAAAGAAAUCUUUUACCAAAGCUCUCCUCUGAGACGAGAGAUAUACACACGACUUACUUUUCACUCCACAGAAAUUGCGACGAUUUCUUUCUGCCCCUGGAACUCGACUAAAGAAAUAUAUUUAUUGAUUCCCACACGGGAAAGAGAAAAGAAAAAUGAGAGAUAUUGAUAUAUAUAUAUAGAAAGAGAGAGAGAGAGAGAAAUAAAAAUGUUAUUAAAUAUACAUACAGAGCGGACCUGAGACGAAACAAAAAAGGGAGUCGACGAAAGGGAUGUGACCUAGAAUUCGAGAUAAUUAUUUAACAUAUUUUCGCUGUUAAGUAUUUCACUUUAGAUUUAUAAUAUUUAUAUAUUAUAAGAGUUUGUCACUUGUUUCUUUAACAUGUAACUCAUCGAACGUACUUAGUUCUACUCAAUUUUAAACAUCUGUGUACUUAUAAUCGGAAAUAUUCAUUAAGGAAAAUUUAAUCCCGAAUUCAUCGACGCAUCUCUGCUAUGUAGAUCUCGCCUUUUCUCUGGUCCACAUUAUAUAUAUGUACACUAUAUAUGUACAUAUAUAUACAUGUACACUAUAUAUGUAUACAAGGUGUCUGCUUUCUCUUGACAAUAGAUACCGUAACAGACGAAAUUGAAGAAGUGCGUUUAAGGGAGGAACGGGAGAGACAACUUUGCCGACAAAAAUACGCGAUUUUGUGAGAGGAUUCAAAUAGAAUUACUCUGUGAAUUGCUAUCAAUUAUACAAUUGUAUAUUAACUUCGCGUGCGACGAAUAAAAAUUAACGUACGUUAUUCCGUACGAGCUCGUCCACGAAUUAUUGUACGUUUCCGCUUAGUUUAUUUUUAAUUAGUCACUUAUAAAUAUAUGGCGUCGCGAAACGCCGCUCGUAACUGUCGUUAGGAGGAAGUAAAAUACGGUUGCGAGACACCCUGUACACACAUACGAGAUACGAGAUAAUAUAUUUGUAGAUACAGAUUUUAGUCACAUCUGGAUAGUAUAUAGAGUCAAUACUGUGAAAAAAGCCUGUAACUUACUUACCUAUACCCUUUAGAUAAUAGAUGAUGACACUUGUAAUUGAUUUUCGAAAGAUAAAGUAUAUGAAUGAACAAAUAUACUGCGAGAGAGUCGAUUAAAUAAAUAAAUAACUAAAUAAAUAAUAUACCUACGACCAAAAC